CUUCGAGUGAAAUCUUUUGUCGAACAGAGAAAAUUCUGGCUUUAAAACAGCAUCAAAAUGGGAGGCCACUUCGGAGAAUUAGCCAAAGUCAAUGGUAUUGUCAUCCAUAAAAUCUCGCCAUUCGAGCAGAAAGCCUUCGCAGGCUUUAUUUCAAAAGGAGUUCCAAACACUUUCCGUCGAUUCAGAUCACAAGUCUUUAGAGUCGCCCCACCUUUCAUUGUUGGAUAUUUAGUCUAUGAUUAUGUUGAGAAUUUACACGCUUCAUACUUGCGUAAAAAUCCAGCUGACUUCGAAAAUGACGAGUAAAUUAAUCAAAUUUGUUCUUUAAAUUUAAUCUGGAAAUAUGUAGAAAAUAAAGAUGGAAGUUUUCCUCUUAAAAUAAGAUGGAAAAGUGUUGAA